UUCACCCGUCCCCGUGGGACCGUCGUGUGAUCGUGCCGAGCCGUGCCGUGCCGUGCUGUGCUGUGUGCCGUUGCGAUGCUACACGAGACGCGACGCGAUGCGAACCGUCUCUCGGAAUCGAAUUAACGAGAAUACUGUUUCGCCGACACCAGCCAGAAGAGGAACGUGCAUGUGAUAAAGGUUUCGUGGUACUGUGCACCGGGGUCUACGGUAUACGGUGGUCGUUUUUGGCGCCAGGCGUGCUCCAACGUUUCAAAAAUGCGCACGCCUACUUACGUAGCGCGGUAUUCCAGUGGGAAGACCAAGGAACAGAGAGUUCGUUUCGAAAAUAGAUUUCUGCCUCGUGUACAGAUCCGAGCUCCGAUCGUCGGGCAUGCGGAAGGAGCGUCACCGGGAGACAGUGAUUGAGAGGAUCCGGCAGACGGGAGCACUUGAAUAUUCGAUCGCGCAGGUAUUACAAUGUCCCAACCGCAAUUAACUACCGACCUGGACGUUCCGGAAAGUCCGCAACACUCUUGCCAAUGCUCCGCAAUGAGUAGCAUGGAUUCCAUGAGAACACAGAGGGACAGGGCGGAGAGGAGCGUGGGAAGUACAAGAAUUUCUAACAACCAAGAACUCCCUAGGGGUUUAGAGGCACUUCAGAGUGCUUUCGAACCAAUAAGAAGACUCGAAAGUCCGCUAUCUCAUCAAGAAAGCCAACAGAUCAAUUUAGAGAAUACCAGGAAUGUCGAUAUUUUGGAGCAUCAGGCCGGCUUAUCGCCGAAUACGAGAUCGAUGGAAGGUCAAAGCGCGAUUCUAUCGAGACACGGUCACAAUCUUUCCUGCAGUCCAAGGAACUUGGAUCUUUCCCGAAACUUGGCGUUCGAGGCUGCGCGAAGAGUUCAGGAAUCCGGCAACUUACAGGACAACCAACACAGCCUAACUUCCAGCCCGAGUCCUUUGUUGGAGUCUAGCUCGGCGUUGCUCGAGACGUCCGCGAAAGAUCUGGACAAGCAGCUCGAAGAUCACACAGGGUUAUCGCAGAAAGCAACCGCUUCGGGCAAAGAUAAGCUGAAGAAUAUUCAGCAGGUUCUGAAUCCUUAUCAACACCAUCAUGAGCCGACGUCGCCGGAACGUAACGUCCACGGACACUUCCACGGUGAUACCCACGCGCACGUGCACAAGCACGCCGACAAUUUCCGAAGCACUACGAAUUUGGACGUUGCAGAUGGAUUGAUGGGAUUUCAGCAGCACCAGCGACAACACACUCAUCAUCAUCACGGGAACACCAAGGCAACGAACGUGACCCAUCAUCACGGUCCGGCAACCGUGCAUCAUCCGCAUGGUCCACAAGGAAUAGCAGCGCACCAUCAUGCAAAUCUGGCGCCAAGCUUAACCAGCCACGUUCAUGGAAACUCUGGUCCUUUAAGUAGCCCCAAUGCAAAUCAUGGAAGCCAAGCUGCAGCCGGAAAUCCGAAUACUCAUCACCAUUCGAAUCCAAUAUCGACAUCUACUACCAUGGUACACAGAAACUCACCGACGAGUCAUCAUCGUCUCGGUGGUAGCACCGGCUUGACCAGUCACUACCCUUCAAACUCAGGUUUCUCCAGUGAUCACCACGGCACUUCCAGUGCAAUGAGCGGGGCUUCGUCGAAUUCGAGCAUGUUAAAUCAUGGCGGUUCGCCAGCGGUUCAUCGACACGUGGUCAAUGCGAAUAGCAGUCUCUCGACUACGCCAUUAGCUAGCCAUCAUCACGGUAGUUCGUCGGGAAGUUUGACCGGACAUUCGAGCGUAAAUCAUCAUCACGUCAGCUCUGGCAUAUCCUGCGAGUCUUCUUCGUCGAACGCCAAUACGAGAACGCACAGUCGCCUAGAUCACGUCCACGAUCAUCAUCACCAUUUACAACAAGUGCAUUCGUUGCAUUCCAGCCACCCUGAUACCAGGCAAAGAGACAGAGCUCCGUCGAGCCUGGAGCACCAUGGACAUCAUCACGCGCACAUGCAUGCUCAUGGACAUCAACACACGCAGAAUAACGAUACCAAAAAUACGUCUCUUAUCGGAGUCGACUCGAUACAGGUCUCCGCUCCGUCGAAAAGUAAAUGCCAAUGUCACGUGGUGCAAACCGGUGGGAACAAGAGGGGGCAGGAGGGGGAGAGCGACGGAGGUGUUGAAGUGACAUCAAGAACGCAUCAACCUCCAGCGCUUCCUCCGCGACCACCCCCUAGGCCAACUAGACGAUACGAAACUACGUCCGUCAAUCAAUGCCACACGGGGGAAGGUGGUUGCUGCAAGAAGUACGUUGUCCUUUGUUGCCUUUGUGGUGGGUUGAGCGCUGCGGUCGGUAGUCUCUUUUUGGCGGUACACGCGGUCCUUUCAGCCCACACGGCCAGUUUAGCUCUCUUUGAGACUGUACCAUCUUACAUUCCUGGCAUAAUGUUAAUUCUAAUGGGUCUAUUCACGAUGCUACUCGCCAGACGGAAGCACAGAUACGGACUUUUGAUGAAAGUCUGUGGAUCUGUUGGAGUGGUAUGUGCGUUGGUAUGCGUGUUAGUCACCGUAACGACGACAGUGAUACACAUGUCCCGGCUGCAAGGUCUUCGAAAAUGCGUUUAUACCGUGAAAGCGAGGUCGUGCACGUGUUACGGAGCGCCAGAAGGAGAUCCUGGAGUUCUCUUCGAAGGUACUCCCCACUGCGAGGCGGUCCACGGCGCUCUACACGCCUGUCUCAGGGCUCUGUUUGGAGUUUCGGUCGCUGGAAUCUUAGCUUGCAUAUUCUCGUGCAUGCUGGUGUACCAGUUACUAAGUCACGAGAAGAAGAAAAUGUACUGGGAGCAGUUGGAACUGAGAUGCAGAUCUUUGUACGGCCAAGGAGGCACCGUGGGACCGACGACUGGUUCCUGCGGAUGUUGCAACGAUUGUGGCGGUGCUAGUCCUUGGUGGGCGCAGACCCCAGGAAAUCUCUACACGCCAAAUCCCGAUUUGGCGCCAUCCAGAAGAUGGCGGCUACCUUGGUCUAGAUCCAGAGGACCAGCUCCGAGUCCAGACUCGAAUUAUGGCUUUCACACUCAGACCAGACAAACCGAGGCCAACGUGGAAAACACGAAUGGCCCCUAUAGCGUUCUUAAUUCUCAAUCGAGUGGCCCUUAUUCUGUAUUAAACACGCAGAACGGCCCGUACACCCCUAGUACGGCUUCUUACAGUGUUUUAGAGACUCCAGUGCCGUUAUGGGGUCCUCCGCCACCUUAUAGCGACCCUAACAGCCCAGCUAGGCGACCACAAGUCGCGGAACAAAGACCCAGAAUUGCCAAACGGAUGGAGAACUUCGAGAACAACGAAGAUCACAGAUCACGAUCUGCGAAACGGCCAUCGGAUAACUACGAAAACGCCGAAGAAAUCUCGAACAGCACCGAUCCAGAAGGAGGAAACGAGGGCACUAUGAAAGGCAGACGAACCAGGAAGCCUCUGAAGGGCGUAGAGAACAAUGCGUUCCAGCAGGAAGCGAAUCCUGGACCAAAACAGUCGGAAAGUGAACUGUACUUCGGUGAUGUGUCCUCGUGUUGCGGACCCGAGAGUAGUUUCUACGAUUUGGCCGUAGAGAAAGAAGGUACGGAGCAUUCAGAGGGCGUGGACUACUUGGCAGCUCGUCUAGGUAAACGACAGCUGUCAAAGAGAUCCAGAAUGCCUCUGCCACUGCCAUCGGACGGUGGUGACAUACCAUCCGACAAUUACGCGAACAGUGACGAGCCCAGAAGCGCCAGAGGACCUUUUCUAGCGCCUGAUGCGCAAUACGAGGUCAUUCAACAAGGCCGAUACUCUUACUACACGUCGAAGGACGACGAGCAGCUUCAAGAAGGUCCAGCGACUUCUGGAUACUUCAGGGAGGAGGAGACUGAAAGGGGAAGGGAUUACAGGGAUUACAGAAGCAGUCAGGAAGAAGAAACACCUCAGUGUUGCUUGAGUGAUUCGACGACGUUGGACUCGGGUUGGCAAAGUGGCGAACAACAACAGUCCGACGACAACGUUAGACCGGUUAACGUGUGAUCGCGUUUAUCGUUAGACCAAUAACGAGAUAGUUGUCGAGAAACAGUAGUAUUAUAUUAAGUGGUAAACGAUGUAAGGGGAGAGCAAAGACCGGAACCUCGAUUCAGUACAACUUGAUGCUUUGAUACGUAGGAGAAAGAAUCGCUGAGAGAACCGUGGCCAUCCCCGUAGUCUGUUGUUUCGUAUUUACUAUGGAGAUGUUGCGAGUUCAGGACUCGAUCUACGAACUAUUCCGUGUGCACUAGAUAGGAAAUUGUCCAUGUAGAAUACAAAGAUGGUGAUACGAGUGCAAAUCUAUGAUUACCAUAUUCGUAAUAGAACCUAAGUGAUGUGAUUUGUGGUACGAUAGUAUAAGUAAACCUUAAUCGUUAGAGCGUAAGUGAAUGAGAAAUGUCCGCGUCGGAUUACUUUUUUUCCAGCGAUCCACGCACUAUUACAAGUCUGAAGAAGGAUCACGAAGAGUAAACUCUACGUCAGAGUACGCUAUAUGUGAGAAAUCCUACGUAACGAUGUAUUUUUAUUAAUUAAACGAUGUCGCCCAUGUUGUUCGUAAUAUUAAUCGCUAAUGUAUGUUGGAAACGAUCGUAUAUAUGUAGAGAAAGAGAGAGAGAGAGGAAGAAAAAGGGAGAAGAGAUUAGUCUCAUAGAUAAUAUGCCAAAGAAAAGGUCUCUAGAGAAGGCGAAAAUAUGAAUGAAAAGAAAGGGAUACAUUUUCCAAAGUUCUGUUUCGUAAAAUUUACCCCUCGACGGAGACUUUUACUUUGGCGAUUCGUUAGAAACGUCCAUGUACAAACGUGUGCUUUACUCUUGCCAAUAUCUCGCUAGACGUCAGCUGGAUUUAGCACUUAGACGUUAAUUGUCGCAAAAAUGUUUACCAUUCGAUAAUAAGUUCAAAAUUGGGCACGUUAAGCUCGCCAUGAAUUCUCGGUCACUGCCAUUCGAACGUUCAAUUCCAUUCUCAAAACCACAUAAGGAUGAGAGAAGAUGUUUUCGCACGUCCAUAAUUUCGCACGAAGUCUGAGUUUUAUGAAUCUAUAUAUACACCCGGAAUUUUACGAUUCUUUUAAGGAAGAUAUUUAUCACGCGUCGUAGUAUACGAAUAAACGAGUAACCGUGUUCGUGGUCUGUGUUAGCUUCGUCGAGCUUUUUACGUUGUAGGGCCGCAUUCGCUUUCGAACAUACAAUCCUAGUGGACCAAGAACGAUAUAAAGAAGAAGAUUGAUCUUACUGACAAUGAGUGAAUAUUACAAAUUAGAAGUAAAAUCUAUCGCCGUUAACAACCGUUCGUUAGAUAGCACAUAAAAACAGAUGCAUAUUUUAUAAUCGACAUUCGAGAACGAAAGAGACAAGGCCAGCUUAGGGGAGUAGUUUAACGUUGUUUACUCGAUAAAGUGUACCUUAAGAGCGAUACGUAGCAAGUCCGAUACAUUGUCGAACGAUGUAACUAACAAUGAUUAAGAAUAAAGCUUUGUUUUGUAAAGAAACCACGUGUCGCUCGAUGAAUUAUACGUAUUCUUUCGAGCAAUGAAACGAAAAAAACGAAAACAAUUAGAAAUUAAUAUACGAAACGUCCUUUCGCCUUUCAUCAAGCUUCGUUCAAGGAUCAUAACUUGUACCUAAAAAAACUACAUUUAAGGAGCUAUAGAAAAGGAUGGCUGCUCUUUUUCCAUUAACUCGAGUAAACAAAUAAAAACCAACUCAGAAUCAA